AUGAAGUUUCCAACAACGACGCUAGUUGUGCUAGCCGUCAUUGGACAAGCCCUGGGUUCCUGGAUUGACUGGUUCGGGGAUGUCACUGUGACGGAAACGGCGACAAGGAUCAUUCAAUCCUGCCCCUGCAAUGGGGAAGUGAGAGCCACACCUGUUGCUCGUGGGCAAGAUAUUCAAAUAUUUCCAAGGCCAGAACCACCGUUUGGACCGAUCGGCCCCCAUUUUCCUGCACCGGCUGGAAGGACUGUGGCCAAGGCAGGUCCAAUCGUGGCUGUCUACGGCAUUGCGGACACAAUGACGACCAAAACCGGCAUCGUUAUUGAAUUGGAGCCUACUCGCGGGGGUCAAGGUCCUAGACUGACAACUACAAUCUGGACGAGCCCUCAGCCCACUGAUGAUCUGGCCUGGAUUGACUGGACCCCUGAGGACGGAAAAGACGCCGGUUCAUUGACCCGUACUCGCACAAAAUUCACGACUAUCUUUGGUCCUGCUCCGACAAAUGCAGAGCAUGAGCCAUGGAUCGACUGGCUCGAGCCUCCUCACACCAAAACAUCAACUGCACAGUCCUCCAGUUCAUCCUCUAACGUUGCUCCUAUUGGCAGUUCCAUAGGAUCGAGUGCACCUGCCUAUGGCUAUGCGACUCGCCCCAGCGAUUCUUCCAGCACCUCUGUGCCAACAACCUCUUACUCGUCUAGUAGCGGCGGUACUGGCCCUACUGAAGGCUCUACGUCCUCGGAGUCUUCUAGCCCCUCUAGUUCUUCGACGAGCGCCUUCAGCAGCAGCAUGGGCGGUUCAACAACAUCAAGCUCAUCCUUCACCUCUGCCUCUCUCAGCACGUCCACUAGCUCAAGUGGUGCAACUAGCAGCAUCAAUAGCACUACAACAUCCAGUCCAAGCAGCAGUGGUGGUGGUCCUGUUGGAGAUAGAACCACGACUACUUCCAAUACCAGCGGCAGCUCAUUCACAUCCAGCUCCUCGACCAGUGUUGCAAGCUCCAGCACAACGCCACUCCGCAGUGUUUCUGUUGGUCCCACUGGUGGUACAACGAGCUCGGUGGCAACCUCAGCAACUUCCAGCUCGAUUGUUGGCACUUCAUCUUCGAUCAGCGCUUCUAGCGGUGCCGUUGGCAAUACAUCCAGCAGCUCAAGUUCGGCCCCCAGUGGCAGUUUCAUAAGCAGCUCUUCGUCAUCCACAACAUAUACUUCUUCUACUUCUGGCACAACUCUGUCAACCACCAUUUCCACCAUUUCCUCAGCAAGCACUUCGGCUUUUUCUAGCACUACCCUGCUCUUCACCACGUCUGUUCUUAUCUCCACGACCACAACUGUUGCACAAGGGGCAAUCGUGACGGAUGAUGUUCGCUCUCUGUCCUAUAACGAUGCAAUUCUUCAAGCCCACAAUGUCCACCGUCGCAACCACUCCGCAGCUGAUUUGACCUGGUCCAACAACCUAGCGACGAUUGCCGCUCAGAUUGCAGCUAGCUGCGUGUAUGCCCAUAACACCACGGCUGGUGGCGGCGGCUACGGUCAAAACAUUGGCGCUGGAUACACCUCCACGCAGGUGCCAGUCAUGAUUGGUAACGACAUGUACAACAAGGAGAUGCCCAACUACCCACUCCCUUACGAAGUAGACAAUGUGGAAACCAGCAAAUUCGACUCAUGGGGCCAUUUCUCACAGAUUGUGUGGAAGGGCACUCAACAAGUGGGCUGCGCAACGCAGUUCUGUGCUGACGGAGUGGUAAAUGCCGAUUUCACACAAUAUUUCACGGUUUGCAACUAUUAUCCUCCUGGUAUGUACCAAGCAACACCACAUGUGUUUUGCAGACGUAUUUGCCUGUAUUUUAUCGAGUCAUGGAAGGACUGA